CGCGUAUUCUUCCUGCUUAACAGCUUAACCUCUACUAGCCAUGCUGCUAUUAAAAACAUUUUCACUCUCCUUGUUAGCGCUUUCAGCUGUGUAUGCUGAAGCUCAAGCAAUCUCAGGCUACCCUCCUAUUGAUCAGGUCCCAGACAUCAACUCACCCGAGGUUCAGGCGUGGUUAAAGGAGAUCGAUCUUUCUCGAGCCCCAAAGAUCCCUCUGGGAGAAGGAGAUCCCCCUCUCUGUCCACCCACUUUCCCUGGCGCAUGUAACUGGAUUUGUGACCAAUGUCCUGCAAAUGACCUCAUUUCCUGCCGUUCUCGUAACACAUGGGCUAUAACCUUUGACGAUGGCCCACACGAGAUUACUCCUACGUUGCUUGACUAUCUGAAGAAGGAGAAAAUUUCUGCUUCAUUUUUCCUGGUUGGUAGCCAUGUGAUACAGCGUCCGGACACUGUCAAGCGCCAAAUCGCAGAGGGCCAUCAUAUCGCAUCUCACACUUGGUCCCAUAAAGGCUUGACCACACUGACCAACGAGCAGAUCGUGGCCGAAAUAAAAUGGACCGAAAAAUUGAUCCUGGAGCUCACAGGUCGGAGACUCAAGUACGUACGUCCACCCUACGGUGAUAUCAACAACCGUGUCCGCUUCGUGCUCAGGAAGCUAGGCUAUAUCGUCGUUGACUGGAGCGGAGAUGAUUUCGGCACUGACGACUGGAAGCUGCCAGACGGUAUUACCGAGACCGAGAUCGUUGAAAAGUUCGCCAGGAGCCUUGAUAAAUACGUCGCAGGCAAUAGGGCCAGAGGCAUCAUCUCUCUCGAGCAUGACUACGACAUCCAUAUGUAUAACCUUGCCCGCAAAUUAGUUCCUUUAGGCCGAGCACGCAACAUCACUAUUACCUCUGUUGCUGGCUGCCAGAGAGAUCGCUAUCCAUACCAGAGAGUGUUCCGUUAAUGACAGCCUCUAAAGCGCCCAGGUUCGUACUACCGCCGUAACUAAUGGUUGCUAUUGGUUUCCUGCAUAAACAUCUUAAAGAUCGAUCGAUAACCAAUGUCUUGUGUUACAACUUGACGCCGUAGGAGUAGGAGAGACG